AUGAUCUUGGACACUUUGCAAAAGUAUCGACGGGCUGCAACUUCUUCUGCCUUCGAUGCGUCCUCCUCCUCCGCCUCCGCCUCCGCCUCGCCUUCCCUCGCUGCCUCCACCUUCUCCUCCGCUUCGCCUUCUCCCGCUGUGUCCGCCAUCCAGGACGCCUCCUCCCUCGAUUCUUCUCUUUCAUUCGCCCCUCUUUCCCUCGCCCCUUCCACCUCGGGAGUGUCCCCUGCCUCUGACGAUGUCUCGAGAGUUGUGCCAGUCGUCAAUCCAUGCGUUUACAUCGCUAUCGAUCUGGAGGCAACCACAGAACAAUGGGAGUACUAUGGUCCAGGUCGCCGCCAACCAGGCCAGGGCCGGGUAUUUCCCAGAGCGAGUCCCACCGAGAUCGGCAUCUCGAUUCUUCGGGCCACCGGCGACAACGCGGAGCUUUUCGCAAAGGACCCAAAGUCCAAGGAUCCACAAGCUCCGAAGCGACGUCCCCUUUCUGUACGGCAACACCAAGUAUUCCCACUUGCCCGCGUCGAUGAGGUCAUCCGAGAUCUCGUCGCCGAAGAGUCCAAACACGGACAAGUGGUGUUGGUCGGGCAUGCCAUUGGAAACGACCAGAGAUACUUGAACAAUGGCAACAUUUCGGCUUUCAACGCCUACUUCUCGUCCGUGCAGGAUACACAAAUGAUGCACCGCGAAUCGAGAAGUGGAAAUGGUAAGAGCCUCAAGGAUCUGGUCAGGGUUUACGACGAAAACGCUGGUGAGGGUUGGCACAAUGCGGGCAACGAUGCCAUGUGGACUCUCUGGGUACACGCAAACAAGGUCCGCGCAAACAAGUUGGCAGGAAAGGACUCCUGUCUCGAAAAGAUUACACCACGAGAGCCUGUACCAAGUUGGCGGUACGAACAGUGGUAA